CGACAUUUUUAAGCCGUAGCUGAAAAAUUUUUGGCGGCGGUGGUUUUGACGUUUUGUUCGGCGGCUAGGCGUAGUCGGCUUAAAGCCAAAUCGGCGCGGGUCUCUGGUCACCAUUUUGUAUUUUGCUCUUGAUACGGUCGGACGUGAAAAAAUAAAGUUUUACAAGUUGGCUAAAUAUCUUAAUACAAGAAAAAAGAAAAUCUGAUUAAUAAUAUAACAAAUUAAAAAGAAAUAUUUAAAGUGUUUAAAGCGAAAACGAACGUAAAAAGCGAUAAAAGUAACAGUAUUAAAAACGAGAGCAAUUUCAGACAAAACGAUAUAAAUUUACAUUUAAACGGAUAUUUACAAAUAACGAACGACCAUGGAGAAUUUUACUCCUAAAGAGGUUAAAAUCCUCGAAACUGUUGAAGAUAUUCAGGAAAGACGUGAACAGGUCUUGUCCCGUUACAAUGAAUUCAAAAUUGAAACACGUCAAAAGCGUGAGAAACUCGAAGACUCACGUCGUUUCCAGUACUUUAAGCGUGAUGCUGAUGAAUUGGAAUCAUGGAUUAAUGAGAAACUACAGGCAGCUAGCGAAGAAUCGUAUCGCGAUCCCACAAAUCUCCAGGCUAAAAUCCAAAAGCAUCAAGCUUUUGAAGCAGAGGUCUCAGCCCACAGCAAUGCUAUUGUUUCCUUGGAUAACACCGGCCAGGAAAUGAUUAAUCAAAAUCAUUUUGCCUCCGAGACCAUACGCCGUCGUCUCGAUGAAUUGCAUCGUUUGUGGGAAUUGUUGUUGAGCCGUUUGGCCGAGAAGGGUCAAAAAUUGCAACAGGCUUUGGUUCUAGUGCAAUUCUUGCGUCAAUGUGAAGAAGUUAUGUUCUGGAUUAAGGACAAAGAGGCUUUCGUUACAGCCGAUGAGUUUGGUCAAGAUUUGGAACAUGUUGAAGUAUUGCAACGCAAAUUCGAUGAAUUCCAAAAGGAUAUGGCUUCCCAAGAAUACCGCGUAACUGAAGUCAAUCAAUUGGCCGACAAGUUGAUUCAGGAUGCUCACCCUGAUCGCGAUACCAUUACCAAACGCAAAGAUGAUUUGAAUGAGGCUUGGCAACGUUUGAAACAACUUGCCAUUGUGCGCCAAGAGAAACUCUUUGGUGCUCAUGAAAUUCAACGCUUCAACCGCGAUGCUGACGAGACUGUUGCCUGGAUUGCCGAAAAGGAUGUUGUUCUUUCUUCGGACGAUUACGGCCGUGAUUUGGCCAGCGUUCAGGCCUUGCAACGUAAACACGAAGGUGUUGAACGUGAUUUGGCAGCUUUGGAAGAUAAAGUUUCCACUUUGGGAGCUGAAGCUCAACGUUUGUGCUCCAUUCAUGCUGACCACAGUGAUCAAAUUCGCGAUAAGCAAGCUGAAAUUGCCAACUACUGGCAGAGUUUGAAAGCUAAGGCUGGAGAACGUAAACAGAAAUUAGAUGAAUCCUAUUUCUUGCACCGUUUCUUGGCCGAUUUCCGUGAUUUGGUUUCCUGGAUUAAUGGCAUGAAGGCCAUUAUCUCUGCCGAUGAAUUAGCUAAAGAUGUGGCUGGAGCCGAGGCUCUAUUGGAGCGCCACCAAGAACACAAAGGCGAAAUUGAUGCUCGUGAAGACAGUUUCAAAUUGACCACUGAAUCUGGCCAAAAACUUUUGGAGCGUGAGCACUAUGCUGCUGCCGAAAUUCAAGAAAAAUUGGCUGCUUUAGAAAAUGACAAGAGCUCGUUGCUUUCCUUGUGGGAAGAUAGACGCAUCUUGUACGAGCAAUGUAUGGACUUGCAAUUGUUCUACCGUGAUACCGAACAGGCUGAUACCUGGAUGGCCAAACAGGAAGCUUUCUUGGCUAAUGAAGAUUUAGGUGAUUCCUUGGAUUCGGUUGAGGCUCUCAUCAAGAAACAUGAAGAUUUUGAAAAGAGUUUGGCUGCUCAAGAGGAAAAGAUCAAAGCUCUUGACAUUUUCGCCACCAAGCUCAUCGAUGGCCAACACUAUGCUGCCGAUGAUGUCGCUCAACGUCGUCAAAUGCUUUUGGCUCGUCGUGCUGCCUUGUUGGAAAAAUCCAACAGACGCCGUCAAUUGUUGGAAGACUCCAAUCGUUAUCAACAAUUCGAACGCGAUUGUGAUGAAACCAAGGGCUGGGUCAGUGAAAAAUUGAAGUUUGCUACCGAUGACAGCUACUUGGAUCCCACCAACUUGAAUGGAAAAAUGCAAAAGCAUCAAAACUUUGAACAUGAACUCAAUGCCAACAAAUCUCGCAUUGAAGACAUCACCACUGUGGGUACUGAACUCAUCGAAAAGGAUCACUAUGCUGCUGACCAAAUCAACACACGCAUGCAAGAAAUUGUUGUUCUAUGGGAAACUUUGGUUCAAGCUUCCGAUAAGAAGGGCUGCAAGUUACAUGAAGCUUGCCAACAACAACAAUUCAAUCGCACCAUUGAAGACAUUGAAUUGUGGUUGAGUGAAAUUGAGGGUCAACUUUUGUCGGAAGAUCAUGGCAAAGAUUUGACUUCCGUGCAGAACUUGCAAAAGAAACAUGCUCUUUUGGAAGCCGAUGUUAUGGCUCAUCAAGAUCGUAUUGAAAGCAUUAAGGUAGCUGCCAACAAAUUCAUUGAAUCUGGCCAUUUCGAUGCCGAUAACAUUCGUCAAAAAGAGGCUAAUUUAUCUUCCCGUUAUGCUGCUUUAGCCGCUCCUAUGGCUGAACGCAAACAGCACUUGAUGGACUCUUUGCAAGUUCAACAAUUGUUCCGUGACUUGGAAGAUGAAGCUGCCUGGAUUCGUGAAAAAGAACCUAUUGCUGCUUCCACCAACCGUGGUAGAGACUUAAUUGGUGUACAGAAUCUUAUUAAGAAACACCAAGCUGUCUUGGCUGAAAUUAACAACCACGAAGCUCGUCUUUUGAAUGUCAUCAGCUCUGGUGAAAAUAUGUUGAAGGAUCAACCUUUUGCCAGUGAAGAUAUUCGUCAACGUUUGGAUGCUUUGCAAGAUCAAUGGAACAACUUGAGAGAAAAAUCCAACCAACGUAAACAAGACUUGGAAGAUUCUCUACAAGCUCAUCAAUACUUCGCCGAUGCAAAUGAGGCUGAAUCCUGGAUGCGUGAAAAGGAACCUAUUGCCACUGGUAAUGAUUAUGGAAAAGAUGAAGAUUCCUCUGAAGCUCUUUUAAAGAAACACGAAGCUUUGGUUUCCGAUUUGGAAGCUUUCGGAAACACUAUCCAAGGUUUGCAAGAACAAGCCAAGAACUGUCGUCAACAGGAAACUCCAGUUGUUGAUAUUACUGGCAAGGAAUGUGUUGUAGCUUUGUACGACUACACAGAAAAGAGUCCUCGUGAGGUUUCCAUGAAGAAAGGUGAUGUUUUGACUCUUUUGAAUUCCAACAACAAGGACUGGUGGAAGGUAGAGGUUAAUGAUCGUCAAGGUUUUGUACCAGCUGCUUAUAUUAAGAAAAUUGAAGCUGGACUCAGCGCUAGUCAACAGAACUUGGUGGACAAUCACUCGAUUGCUAAACGCCAAGCUCAAAUCAACUCUCAAUAUGACAAUUUGCUAACAUUGGCCCGUGAACGUCAAAAUAAGUUAAACGAAACUGUUAAGGCUUAUGUCUUGGUACGUGAAGCAGCCGAUUUGGCUAACUGGAUCAAGGACAAGGAGAACCAUGCCCAAAUUGCUGAUGUUGUAGGCGAAGAUUUAGAAGAAGUAGAAGUAUUGCAAAAGAAAUUCGAUGAUUUCAACGACGACUUGAAGGCCAAUGAAGUGCGUUUGGCCAACAUGAAUGAGAUUGCCAUACAAUUGACUUCUUUGGGUCAAACUGAAGCUGCCAUGAAGAUUCAAACUCAAAUGCAAGACUUGAACGAAAAAUGGAACAAUUUGCAAACUUUGACUGCUGAAAAGGCCAGUCAAUUGGGAUCAGCCCAUGAAGUACAACGUUUCCACCGUGACAUCGAUGAGACUAAGGAUUGGAUUGCCGAAAAGGAGAAUGCUCUUAACAAUGAUGAUUUGGGCAAAGAUUUGCGCAGUGUACAAACUUUACAACGUAAACACGAGGGUGUCGAACGUGAUUUGGCUGCUUUGCGCGAUAAGAUUCGCCAAUUGGAUGAAACUGCUAAUCGCUUGAUGCAAUCUCACCCUGAUACUGCCGAACAAACUUAUGCUAAACAAAAGGAAAUCAAUGAAAUGUGGGAUUUGAUUAUUACCAAGUCUACCGCUCGUAAAGAAAAGCUCUUGGACUCUUAUGACUUGCAACGUUUCCUUAGCGAUUAUCGCGAUCUUUUGGCCUGGAUCAAUUCCAUGAUGAGUUUGGUCACCUCCGAUGAAUUAGCCAAUGAUGUUACUGGAGCCGAAGCUCUUAUCGAAAGACAUCAGGCUCAUCGUUCUGAAAUCGAAUAUAUGUAUGGAAAUAGUAGCGCCAAAAGCUUCUUCCAUCCAACACCAAAAGAGGAACAUCGUACUGAAAUUGAUGCUCGUGCUGGUACUUUUGGUGCCUUUGAGCAAUUUGGCAACGAAUUGUUGCAAGCCAAUCAUUAUGCUUCGCCUGAAAUCAAGGAAAAAAUCGAAGAUUUGGCCAAGACCCGCGAAGAAUUGGAGAAGGCCUGGACCGAACGUCGUUUGCAAUUGGAGCAAAAUCUCGAUUUGCAAUUGUACAUGCGUGAUUGUGAAUUGGCCGAAGCUUGGAUGUCAGCUCGUGAAGCCUUCCUUAAUGCCGAUGAUGUCGAUGAUAAGGGCGACAAUGUAGAAGCUUUGAUUAAGAAACAUGAAGAUUUCGACAAGGCCAUCAAUGGUCAUGAAGAAAAGAUUGCCGCUUUGCAAGUUCUCGCUGAUACGUUGAUCAAUCAAAAUCAUUAUGCAUCUGAUUUGAUUGAUGAUAAGCGUAAACAAGUCUUGGAACGCUGGCGUCACUUGAAGGAGGGUCUCAUUGAGAAACGUUCCCGUUUGGGUGACGAACAAACCCUACAGCAAUUCUCACGCGAUGCUGAUGAGAUUGAAAACUGGAUUGCAGAGAAAUUGCAAUUGGCCACCGAGGAAAGCUACAAAGACCCAGCCAACAUCCAGUCCAAACAUCAGAAACAUCAAGCAUUCGAAGCUGAAUUGGCUGCCAAUGCCGAUCGUAUUCAAAGUGUUUUGGCCAUGGGUGAAAAUCUGAUUGAUAAGAAGCAAUGUUCUGGUUCUGAAGACGCCGUCCAGAAACGUCUCACCCAAAUCGCCGAUCAAUGGGAAUAUCUCACCCACAAGACCACUGAGAAAUCGUUGAAACUGAAGGAGGCCAACAAGCAGCGCACCUACAUUGCUGCCGUUAAAGAUUUGGACUUUUGGUUGGGUGAAGUUGAGUCUCUACUCACCACCGAAGACUCUGGCAAAGAUUUGGCUUCGGUGCAAAAUCUCAUGAAGAAACAUCAAUUGGUUGAAGCUGACAUUGUUGCCCAUGAAGAUCGCAUUAAGGACAUGAACAAACAGGCCGAUUCGUUGGUUGAAAGUGGCCAAUUUGAUAGUGCUGGCAUCCAAGAGAAACGCCAAAGCAUCAAUGAACGAUACGAACGCAUUUGCAAUUUGGCUGCUCAUCGUCAAGCUAGACUUAACGAAGCUUUGACUUUGCAUCAAUUCUUCCGUGACAUUGCCGACGAAGAGAGCUGGAUUAAGGAGAAGAAAUUGUUGGUCGGUUCCGAUGACUAUGGCCGUGAUUUGACUGGUGUUCAAAACCUCAAGAAGAAACAUAAGCGUCUCGAAGCUGAAUUGGCUUCCCAUGAACCCGCCAUCCAAGCUGUACAAGAAGCUGGCGAAAAACUUAUGGAUGUCUCAAACUUGGGAGUGCCAGAAAUUGAACAACGUCUCAAGGCUCUCAACCAGGCUUGGGCUGAAUUAAAGAACUUGGCUGCUACACGUGGUCAAAAAUUGGAUGAAUCCCUUACUUAUCAACAGUUCUUGGCUCAAGUCGAAGAGGAGGAAGCCUGGAUUACCGAAAAACAACAAUUGUUGUCGGUCGACGAUUAUGGCGAUUCUAUGGCUGCUGUUCAAGGUCUCUUGAAGAAACACGAUGCCUUUGAAACUGACUUCGCCGCCCACAAGGAUCGUUGUGCCUUGAUCUGUGAACAAGGUACUGAAUUGGUUGAGGCCAAGAAUCAUCAUGGCGACUCCAUUAGUCAGAGAUGCCAACAAUUACGCAACAAAUUGGACAAUUUGAAUGCUUUGGCUGCCAGACGCAAGGGUUCUUUGUUGGACAACUCCGCUUACUUGCAAUUCAUGUGGAAGGCUGAUGUUGUUGAGUCCUGGAUAGCGGAUAAGGAGAACUAUGUACGCUCCGAUGAAUAUGGACGUGAUCUUUCGACAGUUCAAACUUUAUUGACCAAACAAGAGACAUUUGAUGCUGGUCUUAAUGCUUUCGAACAAGAGGGUAUCCAUAAUAUCACCACUUUGAAGGAUCAACUUAUCAAUGCAAACCAUGCCCAAUCACCAGCCAUACUUAAGCGUCAUGAAGAUGUCAUCUCACGCUGGCAGAAAUUGCGUGAUGCCUCUGAGACACGCAAACAACGUCUCUUGGCCAUGCAGGAACAAUUCCGCCAAAUCGAAGAACUCUACUUGACAUUCGCCAAGAAGGCUUCAGCCUUUAAUUCUUGGUUCGAAAAUGCCGAAGAAGAUCUUACCGAUCCUGUUCGUUGCAAUUCGAUCGAAGAAAUUCGCGCCCUACGCGAUGCCCACGCCCAAUUCCAAGCUUCGUUGUCAUCGGCUGAAGCUGACUUCAAGGCCUUGUCCGCUUUAGAUCAGAAAAUUAAGAGCUUCAAUGUUGGACCCAAUCCCUACACUUGGUUCACCAUGGAAGCUCUUGAGGAAACUUGGCGUAACUUGCAAAAGAUCAUAGAGGAACGAGAUGGCGAAUUGGCCAAGGAAGCCAAACGUCAAGAGGAGAAUGAUAAAUUGCGCAAAGAAUUCGCUAAGCAUGCCAAUCUGUUCCAUCAGUGGCUAACCGAAACUAGGUUUUAUAUGCUGGGUUAUAAUGGUCAAGGAACAUCUAUGAUGGAAGGUUCCGGUUCUUUGGAACAACAACUGGAAGCACUUCGCGUCAAAGCCACAGAAGUACGAGCACGUCGUGUUGAUCUUAAGAAAAUUGAAGAACUUGGCGCUUUAUUAGAGGAACAUUUGAUUUUGGACAAUCGUUAUACGGAACAUUCUACAGUCGGUUUGGCACAACAAUGGGAUCAAUUGGAUCAGCUGUCAAUGAGAAUGCAACAUAAUUUGGAACAACAGAUACAGGCACGUAAUCAUUCGGGCGUAUCCGAAGAUUCCCUCAAAGAAUUCUCCAUGAUGUUCAAACAUUUCGACAAGGAUAAGAGUGGUAAACUCAAUCAACAAGAAUUCAAAUCCUGCUUACGUGCUCUUGGCUACGAUCUGCCCAUGGUGGAAGAAGGUCAACCUGAUCCAGAAUUUGAAGCUAUUUUGGAUGUGGUCGACCCCAAUCGCGAUGGUUAUGUUUCCCUGCAAGAAUAUAUUGCCUUCAUGAUUUCCAAAGAAACCGAGAAUGUGCAAUCCUACGAAGAAAUCGAAAAUGCUUUCCGCGCCAUUACUGCCUCCGAUCGUCCCUAUGUUACCAAGGAAGAAUUAUAUUGCAAUCUUACCAAGGACAUGGCCGACUAUUGUGUGCAGCGAAUGAAACCUUACGUGGAACCCCGCUCUGGACAACCCAUUAAAGAUGCUCUAGAUUACGUUGAGUUUACACGAACUCUUUUCCAGAAUUAAAUUAUGCUUUUAUAUAUUUUAUAUUUAUCUUAUAAUUUCAAUCUUAAAAAAACCCACUACAAAUCAGAAAAUAUAUAUGCUUAUAUUUAAUUUAUGCUCUUAAAAAAACGCCAACACUUUUCAAUUAAUACAAUGCAGAAAAGCGAGAAAGAAAAUAUUUAUGAAAACCCAAAACACUGUCUCUCUACACGGAAGGAGACUGCAGACAUUAUACAAUGCAAUAUCCCUAGUAAUAGAUUUUCAAAAGUUAUUUAUUGUUUUUCGUUUUAUUUUUCCUCUCUCUACUUAUUAAGCACCCUUCAUAAUGCAUUUAAUCACAACAAGAAAAAACCAAAAAAAAAGUAAAAUGUUUUCACCCUACAUUUUCCCCGUAGCCUUGAUGUUGUUUAUUGCAUGUUGUAGCUAAA